AAACGGUGCAGCAGCCCAGUUGACAAAUCAGUUUGCUUCGCUGUUAAGAAGGCAGCCGCUUUUGGGGCUGAGCUGAGCUGUUUGAGGGGUUGGACACUCUUGACCAUGAAGUGUGCUCUCCUGACAUGCCUCAGCCUUUCAAAGUUCUGUGCAUUAGAGUCAGGGAUUGCAUUCUUCCCGGAGCUAAGCGCGGGGCCAGCUGUAGUCAGCCCUCCUUUCUCCUGGGGGAAGGCUGAUAGGAGUUUAAAAGGCUCGCGGUGUCCGGUGCACAACGUGUUCCCAGCGCCAGCAGUGGCUCUUCUCUUUUAUCUCUGCCUAUUGGAGACCACUUAGAUAUCGAAGCGGACUGGACGGCUGGAUUCAGGAAUCAUGUCACCAGGAGGCAGCUGCAGACUUUAAACUCUGUUCAGCAUGUGGAAGCGGCAGAGAAAUGACCUGUCCAGACAAGCCCAGGCAGCUCAUAAACUGGUUUGUCUGCUCUCUGCGCAUCCCACGAGUGUGUAAACUCUGGAGCAGUCGGCGUCCCAGGACCAGACGGAACCUCCUGCUGGGCGUUGCCUGUGCCAUCUACUUGGGCUUCCUGGUAAGCCAGGUGAGCAGGGGAUCCUUCCAGCAUGGGCAGACAACUGACAGGGUGUCAUCCUACAGCCACGACAUCUCCAAGGUACCCUUUCCGGAGAUCCCCCUGGAUGGUACCCUGGCCCCUCCAGAGUUGCAGGACAAUGGGAGCACAUUGCAGCCAAACGUGGUGUACAUUACCCUACGCUCCAAGCGCAGCAAGCCUGCCAAUAUCCGUGGCACUGUGAAACCCAAGCGCAGGAAGAAGUACGCAGCGGCAUCUGUAGCCCCUGGUCCGGAGGUGUUGGUUAGACCAUCCGUUAUACUCCAGGAAGAUGCACAGGCAGCAGAUGCUGAAGUACCUGGCUAUGUUCAGGGUUACCUGACCAAGGCUGGGGAACGCCCUUGGAGGCUGCUGCGUGGUCCUGGAGUCGGAACUGGGCGUUCAAAGUUGCGGCAGCAUAGAGUGCGUGAGAGCAACAUUAGGAUUUACAGCGAGAGCGCCCCCUCAUGGCUGAGCAAAGAUGACAUCCGCAGAAUGCGCCUGCUGGCUGAUGGUGAGGUGGCUAGCAUCCUGAGUGGUGGCCGCUUGCUGGUGUUGGAAGCGAGCACCUCCGGCUCUGUGCCUGGCUGCGGGCCUAACCCCUGUGGGCUUCUCAAGCAGCCCCUGGACAUGAGUGAAGUGUUUGCCUUCCACCUGGACAGGAUCCUGGGUCUCAAUAGGACCCUGCCAUCGGUGAGCCGGAAAUCAGAGUUCAUCCAAGAUGGCCAACCUCGUCCUAUCAUUCUCUGGGACUCAUCUCUAGCAUCUGCAAGCAACGACAGCCAUUCUUCUGUGAAGAUCACCUGGGGAACUUAUCAGCAGUCCCUGAAACAAAAGUGCUGGCUGAAUGGCCGGGUUCCCCGACCUGAGAGGGGCUGCACGGAAAUCCAUCACUAUGAAUGGUCCAAGAUGGCUCUCUUUGAUUUUUUGUUACAGAUUUAUAAUCGCUUAGAUGCAAAUUGCUGUGGAUUCAGACCUCGCAAGGAAGACGCUUGUAUACAGAAUGGACUGAGGCCAAACUGUGAUGACCAAAAUUCUGUGACUUUAGCACACAUUAUCCAGCGAAAGAAUGACCCAAGGCAUUUGGUCUUCAUAAACAAUAAGGGCUUUUUUGACAGAAGCGAAGACAACUUAAACUUCAAAUUGUUAGAAGGCAUCAGAGAGUUUCCUGAAUCUGCGAUUUCUGUUUUGAAGAGCCAGCACUUACGGCAGAAACUCCUUCAGUCUCUAUUCCUUGAUCGGGUUUAUUGGGAAAGUCAAGGAGGCCGGCAAGGCAUCGAGAAGCUUAUCGACGUGAUAGAGCAGAGAGCCAGAAUCCUCCUCACCUACAUCAACGCACACGGGGCCAGAGUAUUACCUAUGAACGAAUGACUCAGGCCUUUCUGCCUUGAGGGCCGUACACGUGUGACAUUUAGUCUUUCCUAAAUAAAUGAUAUCAGUCUU